GCCGGAGAAACGGAAACUGACAACUGCCAUUAUAUUCGUUUAAUUUUAUUUUUCCAAUAAAUUUGAGUUGUGGGAUUUUUUUGUUCUUUUUAAUUUGGAUUGGGAGCGUCAUAAGAGUCUGGUGCACGUGGCGUUUUCAACGUUAAAGAAAAUGAAAUUGUGCUAGCCUAGGUUUAGCCUAAUGCUACUGAGUAGUUGGCUUAGAGGUUAGCGAGGUUAGGAAUUGCAGCUUCUCAGUCUCUGGACCUCUUUUGACUGUGGAUGUUUAUCGAGAAAAAUGUGUCUUUACAAGCUGGCUCGCAUCGCAACACGUUUAAAACUAGUUCUAACACUGGUUCCGUCUGUUUAACUAGCUACAAGCAGACAUUUAGCUAGUGUUUUGUUACUGUUAGCAAGUAGGUUAGAAGAUUCCACGUCAAAGCAGAAAAUAUUGUGUCUGCUUCGAGGACCUUUUAAGCCAGCUGUGGAUUAUUUUUCUUUAGAUGUUGCAGCUCGGUUUUGAAUUGUGGAGACGACCUUGUUGGAGAUACAAAAUACGUCCUCGCAACUUCUUCAAGCAGCGUUACUUCUUCCAUGAUAAAGCAGCUAUGGCCGUUUGGAUGUGUGAAGCAGGAGAAUGAGUUCAAGCUUGCAAGAGAGAAGAUGCCACCAUUUUUCACUGAAGACUGUCCUGCUUAACGUACCGAUAAGCUGACCAACAACUACCCAAGAUAAUUGACUCUGAGAAGCCAUUUCUGUCGGCUGUUAACACUAUCUCCCGGCGCAUCUGCCCCAUGGCUGCAGUAAGUGGUGGCAACCUGCUUGGAGAUGUGGCAGGUCCAGGAGCAGCUGUUACAAACACAUCGGCGUCCUCCAGCCCAACGCCGGGUACUGAUAACCGGGGCUGCGAGAAUGGCGCCUUGAUGGAGUCCUUUGGGAUCUUCCUCCAGGGUCUUCUGGCUGUGAUGGCUUUCAGCACGCUGAUGUUAAAACGCUUCAGGGAACCCAAACAUGAAAGGAGACCUUGGAGGAUCUGGUUCCUAGACACCUCAAAACAGGCGAUUGGGAUGCUUUUCAUCCACUUUGCUAAUGUCUACCUGUCGGGCCUCACGGAGGAGGAUCCCUGCUCACUAUACCUCAUUAACUUCCUGUUAGAUGCCUCCCUGGGCAUGUUGCUGAUCUAUGCAGGGGUAAGAGCCGUCAGUGCUAUUGUAGAGUGGAGGCAGUGGGACUCUCUUCGUUUUGGAGAAUACGGGGAGCCAGUGCAAUGCACAGCAUGGCUGGGCCAGUGUAUCCUCUACAUCCUCAUCAUGAUGUUUGAGAAAGUCCUUAUCAUGCUGGUCCUCCUCAUCCCCCAGUGGAAGAAGCUGGCUCUCCUCAACCCCAUAGAGAAUCCUGAUUUGGAACUGGCCAUUGUCAUGCUCAUCGUUCCAUUCUUCGUCAAUGCUCUCAUGUUCUGGGUGGUAGACAAUUUCCUAAUGAAAAAGCACAAAACAAAAGCAAAGCUUGAGGAGAGAGAAGAGGACUCACGUGGGAACAGCAAGGUGCGCUACAGAAGAGCGCUUUCCCACGAUGACUCAGAAUCAGAGAUCCUUUUCUCAGCAGAUGAUGAAAUGGAUGAGUCCGAUGAGGACGAUGUCCGCCGACUCACCGGUCUUAAGACAGUAAAGAAGAAAAAGCUUCGCAUGGGGAUCCCCCCAGGCGAGGUAAAAAAGAAGAAGCGCCCACCCGUUAAAGAGGAAGACCUGAAAGGAGCUCGCAGUAAACUGGGACUGAAGGGCGAGGUCAAAAGUAAGACCUAUGAGGUCAUGGUGGAGUGUGAGCGAAUGGGGAAGGUGGCUCCAUCUGUGUUCAGCGGCGUGAGGACAGGGACGGAGACGGUCCUCACCAAACCUGAUCCAGCCAAAGAUCCUGCAGCCAGUGUCUUCAACAAGUAGUCACUGUACAACAAGAAGAGGAACAGCACUGCGGGAAUACUCACUAGAGUCUUUUUUUAAUAUAUAUAUAUAUAUAUAUAAAUCAAAAUUUGUAUAGUUCAAGUGGAAUAAAGGAAGUGCUAGUAAUGUAUUUUCAUAUUACUGUUAUGCAUGCUGUGAUUUGCUAUUCUGUUUUUGUAUUUUCCAAAUAAAUUAUUGUCUUUGUGUUAAAUGCUGUGUUCUUGUAUUUGUCUGUAAUAAACUGGAUACUGGGUCUACA